UACACUACCGGUAAUGGUAUCACUUAAUUAGUAGCACAAGAACAAGCAGACACUAGUUGGGUAGUACCUGGUGCAGAAGCUGAACCAUGGGCUCCUUGCAUGGCGACGUUGGCACCUCCCCGUGCUUCUCCAGCUCUGGGAGCAGCAGUGGCAGCAGCCGGAGUGACAACGUCGGCGGUGGCAACGGCAGGUUCAGGAUAUACGCGUGCUUUGCGCUCGGCGACUCGAACAGCCUCGAGUGCUACGAGCCCAGCGCCAACACAUGGUGCCGCAUGGGCGCGCUCCCGGAUGUUCCUGACGGCCACAUACUGAAGGGCUUCGCCGUCGUCGCGCUUGCUGAGUCCGUGUAUGUUAUCGGCGGCCGGCUGUGCCGGAGGGAGAGGGGCGCCACGACCGGCGAGUACCGCGACACCGACGUCAGCGUGCGGGCAGAUGUGCUCCGGUACGACGUGCGCCGAGGGGAGUGGCAUCACUGCACGCCACUCCUCGUCCCGCGCUUUGAUUUCGCUUGCGCGCCGUGCCAGGGCAGGAUCUGCGUGGCCGGCGGGCAGUCCUCGCUGUCCGGCGCCCGGGGCACGGCGGCGGCCGAGGUGUAUGAUGCGGAGAAGGACCAGUGGUCGGCUCUCCCCGACAUGAGCACGCUGCGCUACAAGUGCGUCGGCGUGACAUGGCAAGGCAGCUUCCACGUCGUGGGGGGCUUCGCAGAGAGCACAUCGUCGGCCAGUGACGCUCUCCUGGCGCCAGGAACCACCGUGCCACAGUCGUCGGCGCUGGAGCGGAGCUCCGCGGAGGUGUUCCACCGCACGAGCGGGACGUGGGAGAUCAUCCCGGGGAUGUGGCAGCUUGACGUGCCGCCGAACCAGAUCGUGGCGGUGGCGGGCCGGCUGUUCAGCUCCGGUGACUGCCUCAACAGCUGGAAGGGCCACGUCGAGGUCUACGACGGCGAGCUAAACAUCUGGAGCAUCAUGGACCACUCGGCCCUGCCGGACCUGUCGCUGCUCGCCAGCCUCCCGCCGUCUGCGCAGCGGCUCUACCUCACCAUGGCCGUUGUCGACACACGGCUCUACUUCCUCGCCGGUUACCAGGUGCCGUCGGGCGACGACAGCUUCAGAACAGUCUCUCUAGUGCACAGCUUCGACACCAGCGCUGCCCCAGGGUUGGUGCCGGCAUGGAGCAGCUUCCAGCCCAAAAUGGACCAGGAGAACGUCGAGGACGGUAGCAAGGAGCUGUUCAGCCAGUGCUGCUCGGUGCAGCUCUCCAGCUAAAGUCCAGUCCACAGCAUAUGUAUCAUGGUUUUGGUCAUAGCAUUAUGCAUUGUGUCUCAUCUAUACUAUUAAUCUGGUACUUGUGCUCUGGUGGUGAAUAUGUUUGAACCAUAUGGCACACAUC